AAUAUAAUUUUUGGAGUGGCGAACUUGUAUUCAAUUGUAUGAAAAAGAUAAUGGCAUCUACUAAUAAUGUACGAAAAGCGAACGGCAAUGGCGUUGAAGAGGCCGCCAGCUUUCUAGUUGCUGGCAUUUUAGGUUCGCUUCCCGCGGCGGAUAUUACUUCAUCACUUAGCAGCGAUUUCAGCUGUCAUACUUUGAAUGGCAUUGUAAGUGAUUUAGGGGGUACAUCGUCCACGGAUAGCUUCUCUGCUGGUGCAAUGAACAAUUCAAAACCCCAUCACUUUUGCGAUUUACACAAUGAGAUAUUGCAGUAUGUUUGCCAAACUUGCAAGAUUCUGGUAUGCCAAAGUUGCACUCUUUAUGAGCACAAGGAGCAUAAUUACUAUUCCGUACAAAGUUUCUGCGACGAAUUGAAGGAUGUAAUUAAGAAUGAUCUUGAAAGUAGUAACACGGACAAGACAUCUAUUACGAGUAGUAUUGACAGUACAUUGAAAUAUCAACGGCUCGCCGAGCGUAACUGUGCUGAGCUGAGCGAAAAUAUACGCAAAGUCUCCAGACAAUUUAUAAGGGCUAUAGAGGAUGUCGAAUUUACUUUAUUGGAAUUCGUUGAGAAAUUGCGCCAACGCCGUUUGGCUAUCUUAAAUGAUCAAAUGGCCGGCUUAAAAUCGGCUCUCGCUGGACUCUCUGAAACCAUUGAAAUGUUGCAAAAGAUAUCAGAGAAUUGGUCUGGUAUGGAUCACAUUGAUAUUUCGAAGAAGGUUUUGAAUGCACAACGUCAACUUGAACAAUUUUCUGCUAUAUCCAAAGAUUUACAUCCAAAAUAUGAGGAAUUCGUAUUCAUUCCACCAGACCGUAAACUUUUGCAAGAUAUCCUCAAGAAAGGCGUAAUUGUACGAGUAAAUGAUAAUAAUACGAAUCCGGUAAAUGGUGCUGAUGUUAUCGGUGGACCAGUCAGCGAUUCCGGGGCAGUUGGUCCUCUGCCUAACGCUAAUGUGCCAGUUGCCGGUGUAUCAAUACCAAUUAACACAAACCGUCGUUUCAGUUGUGAGAAUAGUUUCAACAGCAUUCCUUCACCAAUGUUGCCAUUGCGUAGUUGUACCGCUGGUGCCGUUGAAAGGGAGCUGGGCGUAUUGUGUAAAAAUUUACGUUUAAGUGCACCGCGCCACGCACCGGCUAUAGCAACAUUCACUGGACCUUUAAGAUCUCGCUUUUCCAAUACACCCUCACUAUCAUUUGCCACAGAGGGUCACGGUGAUGGGCAAGUUAGCCGCCCUUGGGGCUUGUGUGUUGAUAAGCUGGGUCACAUAUUGAUCUCCGACAGACGUAAUAAUCGUGUGCAAGUUUUUAAUCCGGAUGGUACACUGAAGUUUAAAUUCGGCCGUAAAGGUUCUGGAAAUGGAGAGUUUGAUUUACCAGCAGGCAUUUGUGUCGACAUAGAUAAUCGCAUAAUUGUUGUUGAUAAGGAUAAUCAUCGCGUACAAAUUUUCACUUCCACUGGUAUCUAUAUAUCGAAGUUCGGUAGCUUUGGCAAAGAGUGUGGACAGUUCCAAUAUCCAUGGGAUGUGGCUGUAAAUUCGCGACGUCAAAUUGUUGUAACCGAUUCACGUAAUCAUCGCAUACAACAGUUCAAUUCUGAGGGUCGUUUUAUACGUCAAGUCGUUUUCGAAAUUAAUUUUCAAACAAAGGAUCCUGCUUCACCGCGCGGAGUUUGUUAUACACCAACUGGUAACAUUAUAGUAUCGGACUUCGAUAAUCAUUGUCUAUAUCUAAUAAAUCCAGAAAGCAGUACGAUUUUGUCAUCUAAAGGACAAGAAGGUGAUGGAGUCCAAGAGUUUAAUCGUCCUUCUGGAAUUUGCUGCGACGACGAUGGACGCAUUAUUAUUGCAGAUUCUAAAAAUCAACGUAUCGUUGUUUACAAUUCAAUCUUAGAACAUCUAUGGAACAUUGAAAUACGUCCAUCGAGAAAUCCUUCAAUGCCACGUAAUCUCGACGAAAAAGAUCGAGCUUGCGACGUUUCUCUUAUGCCUGAUGGUCGAAUUGUUUUCCUGAUCGAAUUGUCACCUGAUACCAAAGAAGGCUCCAAUCCUUCUAAAAGAUUUGUAUACGUGUUUUAAUUAUAGUUUCUAAUAUCACAUACCGCAUUAAACAAAACCAUUGAGUAACAAGCCAAAACAUAUUGUUCCUCUAUUAAUUAAAAAGCUUUAUUAAAAAAAUUUGAUGUGAAAAAAUUAACAACUACCACUGGAGGAGUUCGCCCAGGAAAGGGUGUACGUCCCAAUUUUAUAUAUAUAUAUCGUUCAUUUCCUUAAAUAGGGUCACAAUAAAAAAACAACGGGAGUCAACACUGGAAUCUCGCUAUUAAAUGCCCUAGCAUGAAAGAAGAAAGGUAUAAAAGAGGGCAUUAAAUGCAAUAGUGACUUCGAGUACGAACUCUUUUGCAAGUAGAGUUCCAAUUACAUUAACACUCUAAAAAAACAAUAUUUUAUAUGUUCUCUAUUAUAUAGUAUGUACCUAGAUGCAAAUUUUUUUAUAUGUUAUUCAAAAUUUUUCGUCAUUUGUCAAACAAUUUCAUAUACAUACACACUUUUGCCGCAAACAAAAUGUUAAGAUAAUUUCAAAGAAAGUUAAAAAAUUGUGGUAUACUUUUGUAAUGUUCCUAUAACGGUUGUGCUCUUCAAAAGACUUUAAAUGAUAAAUAAGAAAGUUAUGUGGCAAAAGAUUAUUUUUUUUUUUUGUAAAACACAAUUGAAACAAAAUAGUAAUAUAUUACAUAAAUUACAAUAAAAGUCUAUAAGAAACAUACUACAAAAUGUACCUAAACUUAAAAAGAAGAGUUGCAUACAAAAUACUUGAAAAAGCAAGAUUAAAACCUGAGUACACAGUUUGCAUGAAAUAUGAUUAAAGUACUUUCAAAACAACAAUUCAAACGAAAAUACUAUGACUUUAUGUCAACUGAAACUUGAGACCGCCGAUUUUGAUUAAAAGAAUGAUUAAUAAAUAAAUGAGUUUUGUUCAGCUCAAGAAAAUGCACACUCGGUAGAACUAUUCAAGAGAACUUCAAUUUUAUAGUCGAUGUGUUCAACAUAAGAAAAUAC